AUGGCUCCCAAGACCGUCCGCUUCUCCACCGAACUGCAGACAGUUCUUCCCUUGCCUCCAUCCCCAGCCGGAAGCAACAGCUCUACACUAUCAGCAUCACCAGGAAUCUUAACACCCCCUAACCCAUUCAGUCCGCUUGCGGGAUCGCCGAUGCAAACUGACAAUGCCAGUUUCAAGAUCGACGAUAUCCACAGUAUCUUGAGACUACGAUCCCGUCCGAAAUUCCACUUUGAUGUCUCAAGAAAUCCCGCAACGACAUUAUCACUGGCACAAGAACUAUCAGCAGAUAUACGCGCUGAACCUGCGACAGUUCCCCCUGUUCCCGUCAUCAUUCUCGUUUCCAAAUAUUUGCCAUGGGCAGUCGACGUCCAGUCCUCUUCGGAAGGCGAAGACGCGUAUGUUUCUGUAGCGGAUGUUCUUGGAGGUUUACACUGCGCAUUGCGGAUUCGAGUUACGGAUGCCGAGUUCCAGAUUCAAGUAAACAAGGAAGAGAUCAUGGCAGCUUUUGAAGCACGGUGGAGGCGAGUAGCGGAAGAAGAAGGAGCGUUGGCGGGAGAGUCGGAGAGGGAGAAGGGACUCAUGCGCGUGGAUUUUCUGAGAGGAAAUCUGAAGUUUGUUGGGUUGUCCACCGAGAAACUGGGGAAGAACGUGCUGAGGUUCAGCGUGCGACCGUGA